AUGCCAUCAGCAGCAGCAACAGUAGCAACAACAACAACGAUAUCGUCGUUAUCAGCAUCACCGACGACAAUGCUUAUGACCAUAAGUAUAAUAAAUAUGCGAUGGCGCCCCCCGAGGUUAUGGCUCGAAGAUCACGAACGACAAAUAGCUGUGUUCAGCGAUAUUCUACCAAAGCAGGUAUUUGACGCUCGGCUGCAACAGUUGAACCGCCUGGUGCGCGCCCAGUGCCCUUCAAGUCACACCGAGUAUUAUGUUUUUGUAUUUAUCAUAACGUGCAUUGCAUGUUCAGCUGGCUUCUCCUUGGCUGCGCGUUCAGCAGAUAUAUCCAUGUGGUAUCCACUGAUCCUGCUUUUGGUACCUGCUGCACUAAGUUUCUGGACCAGUCGACGAAGAGCUACACUUGUUCUUCGGAUUAAACAGUUCGAACAAGCAUUGAAACAGACAUUACGAGAAUUCAACAAAAAAGAUCGCAUACGAUGGUCUUUUCGACGUCCUACCGCCGGCGACCCAUUACCUACCGAGUUUCGAACCGCCCGAUUAUGUUUAAUCAUUGAACUUGGGCGCGCAGAGGAAGAACUGCCAUCGUAUCAGGCAGCAGUGACAGACGCCGCAUCUUCCAUAUAUUAUCCACGGGGAUUACCGCCGCCCAGUUAUUCCGAAGUUAACAUGCAGGAACUACAGCAAAAUCGGCAGCAUCAGCACCAGCAAUCGUCGUCUCUAGCGUCGUCGUCGCGUUUGGAUGGUAGUACGCUGACCUUUCCAGCAACAUGCUCCUCACAGACAUCACUUAUUCCUACAGUUCCCGAGCCUGUUAUGGUUCGACACCAGCGCGAACCAGUAGCAGCAGCAGCACCAGCAGCAGCACCAGGUCGGACAACACCAUCAUAA